AUGGUUCGCAGCCUAGUCUUCCUCUUUGGGUUUGUCUUUGUGAUCCUCGCGGCAGAGGGCAAUUACGAAUUCACUGCGAAGGAGAUUGCGGAGGAAAAGAGCCAGCGCGCGCAGAAGCUGGUUUCUUCAUCGCACAGGAGUCAGGACGCUUUGCAAAAAGCAAUUGCAGAGAGUGUUUGGCAUCCUCAGUCAACAUCAUUCGCGAGACCCUCAACUACUUCGAAGAGUAGCAUCCGAGAUGGCGGCGACUACUUCCACAGUAGAUUGGAGGUGCACAGCGUGUUGGCGCACAAACAAAGCGCACACAGACAAGUGCGCAAGGUGCGGGAUCAAAUGGACGCACGGUUGCGACCCUACGUAUGUCUCGCAGAAGCAGGUUUCCAAGAGCCCGAGGAGGUCAAGCUGGAACUAUGCGGGGAGGAGUCCAAUGCCACGCAGGAGAAACUGGGGAUCCUAGCGACUGCGCACCAGGAAUCCCACACUACAGUGACUCCUUCAGUGCAGGAAAUCAUGAACGAGUACUCCACGCCAGCGCCAUCUACGAAGGGGCUCAAGGUGGCUGUGGACAAGAUGGACAAAGCGCGCAAGAAGCUCAAAGAGGCGGAGAAGGCGCGCUUCAACAUGCAUUCUUCCUGGAGGCGGUACAUAGCCGAUUCAGUGCAGCGAUGGACUCAAUUUGCAGAGAAGUUUGGUCACGACGAUCAAGAGCUUGCAGACAGAGUCAAAGCAGCCAAAGAGAAGUUGCAGAAAGCCAAGGAGGACGUCGACAACAAGAAGGCGGCCUUGGAGGAGCAGGACGAGGAGGAGCACAUCGACAUCUCGGACGACGAGAUGGUGGACAAGGUGGAUGCCGCGGAGAACAUUCAAGCCAGCUUGUCAAACAUGGUUCAUCAUCUGCAGGUCAUGCAAGAGAAGGCAGACGCAGCCAUUGUGGAAGCUGGCGAGAACAAAAACAAGAGACAACGAACAGAAGAGCCAGGCAACGUACCGCCUGGUGGAGAUGGCUCCCAAGUAUCUGCUCAAGGUGCCAUGAGCUCUGCGAUGGACGAUGAUGCCUCCGACGAAGUUUCAUGGAUGUCUGCUUCAGCAGUUCCAGUUGAUCAUGACAGUCCUCCAGUUUCUUCGAAUCGUGCAGUGACUCGGAUUGCGGAUCUUCCUGAAGUUGCUCACCAAGAAGACGAGAUUGGUUUAGCAGAUGAGGCAGAUAGUCAAUGCAGUUCAUCUGGAGAUGAAACCAGCCACAUGCAGGACGUACUUGACCAGGAGGUUGUUGUGCCCCCGGAAGUACGACACUCGACGCUGGUCUACUUCUUUGACUUUGACCCCGUGCACUGCAGACCAAGAUGGACCAACUAUGAUGUUUUACAUGAAGAUAUUGCGGAGGAGUCAGACAUGAGCCCACAUGAUGUCUCAAGGAUUCAUGUGGUUGGACAUCCUCCCAACGACCUCAAGAUGGCGAACAUUUAUCCCGUCAUUGCGCAACAGCCGCAGGACAUAUCAGAGGGGUCCACUUUUCAAAUGAUCCUUUUGGAUGUGGAGUUCCACAAUGCCUUGCCGUCUCUUGAUCCAGAAGUUGUGAGAAGGGUGAAACUUCUGCCAAUGACGGUGUCUCGAAAAGCUCUCUUUGCGAUCCUGGGUCUGCAGCCAUACUGCAACUAUGCCAAGAAACAAUGUCUCCUUUGGCACAACCGUAACCCAGUCAAAGUACAACAGAGAGCCCUACUUGAUCUUCGUCAUGGAGAUUAUGUACGAAUUGCGGUCCCUCCGGCACGGGGUGAACUGCGGAAAUAUUACACCAGGGAAGUUGCACAAUGCUUUCGUCGAGGAUACAGGGCAAGCAACAUUCCUGUGCUACUUGAAGCAUAUCCUGCAGGUUUUCCUGUGGAAGACAUGCCAGUCUACGAUACUUUCAGCUACGUGCCCAGGGCGGAAGAUCUGGACUAUGACAGAGAUGCCUUGGCCCUCUUUCAGAUUGAGAGCUUCAGCAUCCCUCCAUUUGACCCAUGGCCAGUUUUCUUGAAGCGUUGCGCAAAAUUUGAAGCGGGUUCUUUUGAGAUGAAAGCGGGGGAGAAUGAUCGUAUGGAUCCACCCAGUUUUGCGACGGACCAACAUCGUCCUCAGCAAGUUCCACCCCCUGAUGAUCCGCUUAUGCUCCGCUUUGGAAAUGAAGCAGGCUUUUUGCAAGAUCUGCGGCCUUUCUGGGAACACUUUGCUGCGGCUGAAGUUGAAGAAGAAGGCAGAGUUUUGUAUGUGCAGACGUGGUAUGCAGAUCAUGAACGUUUUCCACGUUGUGACUCAUCAAGGGCAGUACGGCUCACCGCCAGUCCUUGGGACUGGGCAGAGAAGCUAGCUGAAGCAUGGGAUGAUCGAGUGGAUCCUGACAACAUCAUCGAUCUCUACAUGAUCCAACCCCGACCGAGGUCUACAUCCUGGACAGAUGAUGAAGCAGUACCACAUAUCCUGCUCCUUCAAAAUCCGCAUCCUGCCAGGAGGAGCAUUCACAUUUUCUCUGUCGAUACAAGCAACCCGACGAGCGCAGCAACAUCAUUUGUCACGAGUGCACCUUUUCCUUUACGGAAAGUUGAUUUUUUCGACAUUCUGGGCAUUGCGGAUCGUUCUAUGAUUAGCAGCUUGGUGGAUUGCGCUGUAUGGCAUGGGGACAUUGAGCUCGACCACGUUCAACAAUACCCUAACAGACACGGCGCAAGCUUCAUCGUCAUUUUGAACCACCUCCGCGACAUUAUUCAUCGUGCAGCAGCGGCCAAUGAAGCAGCAAGUUCUUCCUCUACAUCUCUCUUGCAGGUUGCGAGUGUUCGGAAGACCAUUGAGCUGGUCAAAUGGCUAGCAACACCGAGUGCUCAUCCAGACUUCAUCACGGUUGAGGCUGAUGUUUCGCAUGAUGGAGUUGCCGUUGAGCUGGAGAACUGGGGUUUUCGAAUACGAGCUGUCCUUUGCGAUGAAAGAAGUGUGGCCGUCUGCCUCAACCUCAAAGCCGAUGAGGACCAGACCUAUGAGUAUGUCUUUGUUAACCUGGAUGUUGAGGACGACACCGAUAUUUUGGUGCAUUCUUCUCCAAAGGUUCUUAGCACUUCCGACCUCAUGGCGACGCUAUACAAAUUGGGGUUUUGGCGGGCAGUCAUCAACACAACAGAGACGGUCGAGCCGGGCCUUUUUAAGGUCACCUUUCGAGAUCAGAAAGUAGCUCCAAUGACGAGAUCGUCUACACCAAAGAGGACAGCAGUUUGGCCGUUGCCACACUUCAGCAAAACACGUCAUGCUCCCUUCUUCACUGCACCAGAGCCAUACCAAAGCGACCAACUGAUUGACAUCGGCAUCAGUUUGGAUGACUUACAAGAGCUCUUCAAGUCACACGUAGAUGUUCUUCUGCGAGAUUUUGAUGGUCAUGACCUUCCAGCCGAAGUUCAACAUGCUCUUCAAGCCUGCGAUGCAUCGAUUCCACUGGCAGAUUUGGACAGGUUGCUGAUAUACACUGACGGUUCGUCCAUGGGCUUCGCGAAACACAUGGCACCGCUCAGAGCAGAAGAAGAAGGAGUGGGAGACACAUGGGCAUACGUCAUCCUUGGUGAGCGCUAUCAUCCUCCUGGUUUACGCUUUAUCAGGAGCACAACUACCACCUGGGUGCGAAAAGAAUCGGUGCGGACCUGGCAGAAAAAGAAGCUCUUUCAUGGGCAGCUAUGUGGCAGCACCGGCACUGCCGAGCUGGACGAGUCCUUUGUCUUCCUCCGCGGGUCCUUUCAAGCGUUGGAAGCAGCGCUGGGCAGAGAGCACAUUGCUUAUGAUCAUGUACCUGGACAUUCAGGCAAAGUUUGGAAUGAACUUUGCGAUUGGCUAGCAAAAGCUGAGAGACAGAAAAGCCAGUACUGUCAUCGUCCUUCUUUGAAUAUGAUCAAGUGGAAGAAGGCAAUUGGACAUCUUUGGCUUGUCUUUCAGAAGCAGCCUGAUUUGCCAAGUUUUUGUGGCAAUGGACUUCACGCACCAGCUCCUGCUCUUCCCCAAACUGACUCUCGACAGACUGGAAUUAUCGCGGAGGAUGCAGUGAAUCAACGAUGGCGGCCAGUUCACUUUCAACUGAGUGUGUGCACCGCAAAUGUGCAUUCUUUGUGUGCCCACCCUGAGGGACACGGUGGCAAAAUUGCCUUUCUCAGAAAACAGUUUCUGGACUUUCACCUGAACUUCUUGGGCAUUCAGGAAGCGAAGACACCAGAAUUCUGUUCGACUGUCGAUAACGUGCUCAGGCUCAGCUCUGGAUGCACAGGUCACCAGCAAGGAGUAGAAUUGUGGAUCAACCUCUCACAGCCCUACGCUUACUUUCGAGGUCAGGCGCAGCUGUUUGAAAGGAGAGACUUUCAAGUCGUAUACAAGGACUCCAGAAUCCUCUUUGUGCGUGUUGAUACCACCCUCUGGAAUUGUUGGCUGCUUGUAGCGUAUGCGCCACAGAGCGGUUUGCCGCUUUGCCAACGAGAAGAAUGGUGGCAUCACUUGGAGGAAGUCACUAGCUGCAGGUUGGCAUCUGAUCCCAUGAUUGUCAUGAUUGACGCCAAUGCGGCACCAGGGGAAUUUGACGGCGAGGCAGUUUGCGUUCAUGAGCUUCGCACUUCCGUCAACACACCGCUUUUCAGGAACUUUGUGGCGGAGCACGCCUCACAAAUCAUCACGGAGUUUGACCUCGGCAUGUCAACAUGGGAUCAUGAGGCCACAGCGGUUGAACUAGAGUGGAAAGAUUGGUCUCUAGCACCUCUUCAAGGGUCCAGUGACAGCAGAGGCUAUAACCCUCAAGCUAUCUCUACUCCAACCACCAAGAAGAUUUUGGAAAGCUAUUGUCCGCAACCAUGGCAAACCAACAUCGAGGAACACGUUCAAGGUUUCAAUCAACAUGUGCUGGACGGCUUGCGAAAAGAGUGUCCUCAUGGUCGCAGUCAGCCCAAGAAGCCCCACAUCUCUGGCGAGAUUUGGGACAAAAGGCAGUCCAAACUUUCACUCAAAAAGCGACUCAAGGAGUUGUCGAGAAGACAAAGAGAUGAAAGGCUCCGUGUCAUCUUUUCCACCUGGCGGGUUCAUGACACACCAGAUGGAUGCAUUGACCCUGACCACUUCAUGGACUAUAUGAAUUUUCUCUGGCUGGCCAAUCUCAAACUUGUAGCCUCCUACAAACGAGCAGCUCUUGACCUGAGGAGCCAUCUUCGCUCUGCCAAGAACAAGGAGAUCCAGCAGAAGUUUGAGCACAUGGCACCAGACACCCCUGCGAGCCUGAUUUUGCAUGAGCUUCGACCCCUCCUUGGGCCAUCCAAUCUUAAGAAGUUGAAAGUGAACACAUUGCCGCAUGUGAGAAAGGAGAACGGCGAGAUUUGCAGCCUACCCAAUGAGGCGGUAGAGACGUGGUUGGAAUUUUUCCGACAAAUGGAGGGCGGCGAGAGGAUGGACAUGGAGACACAGCGGCAAAUCUGGAUUGCAAACCUGGCCCGUUUUCAACAAGAUCACUUUUGCGUUGAUGCUGAGGACUUGCCAAGGCUCAUUGAUCUAGAGGCGGCGUAUCGAAGAAUCAAUCCAGCCAAGGCGGUUGGUCCGGAUCAUCUUCAUCCAGCCUUUUGCCGCGCGAUACCACCUCUCAUUGCGCGAUGUACCUUCAGCCAACUGUAUAGGCUGGCGCUCCACGGACAAGAGGCCCUGGAGCAUAAAGGCGGCAUCCUUCACCCUUUAUGGAAGUCAAAAGGUCCGAAGGACCAGUGCUCAGCAUAUCGAAGCAUCCUGGUUUCCAGCUUCAUUGGCAAGAGCAUUCACAGAAGCAUCAGGCAAAGACAGUCAGACCUAUUCGGUCGCUUCCUGCAAUCGGAACAGCUGGGAGGAAGACCCAAGGUGCCGGUUACCCUUGGUGUCCACCUGGGCAGAGCCUUCAUCAGAUCCCGAAAAAGCCAAGGCCACAGUGUAGCGAUGCUAUUCAUCGACCUCACGGAAGCAUUCUAUCGGAUCCUUCGGCCUUUGGUGCUGGGCGGCCGGGUUACAGAUGAGUUGAUCAUGCAUGUUGGCCGACGGCUGGGUUUCUCAGAGGAUCUUUUGGGGGAGCUCUACCAUCAUCUUUCAGAGCCAGCUGCUGUUCAAACAGCAGGAUUGCCAGGCCAUAUGCAGAACACCCUCAAAGCCAUACACUCUGAUACGCACUUUAGCGUACAGGGACAAGGAGACGUCUGCCGGACGCGUCUCGGUUCGCGUCCGGGAGACUGUUUUGCGGAUGUCAUCUUCUCCUACCUGUGGGGGCGUAUUCUUCACCGCCUACAGCGUGCCCUUGAGGACAUGCACAUUGUGGAGAAGAUUCCCAUUGAAGCGGGUCUGCGCAUUGCACGUGAAGCGGGCGACAGUGUCCAGAGGAUGAAGGUCCAAUACUUUGGCCCAAACUCCGACAAGACGUUGAAGAUCAUCGGAGAGCAGGGCACGCACAAAGUUCGCGCAGUACAUCACUACUCACACCUUGGCUGCAUCAUCCAUCACAAAUCGGACAAUCGCAAGGAAGCGAGGCGCAGAAUGGGGAUAGCGCAGCAAGCUUUCUCUCAGCACCGCAAAUACCUUCUGCAAAAUCCAUCAUUGUCGCUUCGCAGACGAUAUGAACUUUUCAGAACCCUCGUCAUGAGUCGAUUCUGCUACGGGACAGAGUCAUGGACGUUUAUGGAAGAGCGCUCGAAGGUCUACAUCCACAACACGCUGAUGCGGCUCUAUCGUCGUCUUCUUUGCCGAGCACAUGAUGAGCACCUCACGGACAAUGACAUUUUGGUCAUGCUCCAGGCGCCUAGCCCUACCGAAGUUCUUCGCAUUUUGCGCUUGCGCUAUCUGGGGACGCUCUACAAAUGUGGACACAUUGUUCCCUGGGGGCUUCUCAACGCAGACACAUCAUGGACUUCGCUGGUGGCUGAUGAUUUGUUGUGGCUAUGGAUCCAACUUCAGAACUCUUCAGCGCUACCAGACCCCAGGGUCUCUUUGAUGGCUUGGGAGAACAUCUGGCAGAACCAUCCUUCCUAUUGGCGAAGACUAGUAUACGCAGAGGAGCUGAACAUGCGGUCCAACAACGUCAACGUCACCAUCAAGUGGAGGUUUUUCAUCAAGCAUUUGUUCCUCUUCUACGUCAAGCACAACCAGCUGUUUUUCGUGCUUGUGAGCGUGAAACUGCCUACGUGGUUCAUGAUGAAGGCGGACAGGUCUCUCUGUCGGACCCAUGAUGGCAUUCUGCCGCCUCUGGACACAGAGGGUCCCCAGCAACCAGCUGCACCAGCAGAAGAGCUGCCUGACCAUGACCUUCAUUUGGCUGAGGCAAUCUAUCUGGUUAUCCUAGAGAAGGAUGCAGGAGCAGACAUUGAAGAGCUCGUCAGACAGGUCAUUCACAAUAAAGUGACGACAUGGUCUAUCUGCAAGGCGACUCUACGCUAUCUGCUGGAGAACCUGACGGAGCAGGAUGUCAUCGCCUUGGACAUUGGGGACUUUGACCUCAUGGGGCUACUACGUGGUCUUCUAUGUGUUCAAGCUUGGGCAUUUUCCUGCGCGGGAUCGACGUCGAGCUCUACAGCCUGCGCACGCGCUUCUUUGGAGGAGAUCGAGCUCCUUUGCAGAGAAGGAGCUGCGAUCGGAGGAGAGCGAGAGCCUUUCUGGGAGAUUCCGAGACCUAUGGCGCGGGAACGCUUCUUGAUCCACGCUUUUUCUGGUCGCCGGCGUGAAGGAGAUUUCCAGUACUUCAUCGAGGUCGCCCAGAAGGAUCACCCAGACAUGACCAUCUUCACGAUAUCUGUGGAUUUGAUGGUUGAUCCCAUUUGGGGAAACGUUGCAGAUGAAAAGGUGAGAAGCUUUUGGUUGCAGGCCAUCCGACAGCGACAAGUUAUUGGGGCCCUUGCAGGGCCCCCCUGCGAGACUUGGUCGCAGGCAAGAGGUCGACAGGUCUCAGACACGUGCAGCCAUCCGCGGAGAGGCCCACGAGUCAUUAGAGACAUUGACUGUCUUUGGGGGCGAGUUUCCUUAGCGCUCAAGGAACUGAGACAACUGGAUAUCGGCAACCUUCUUCUCCUCUUUGUCAUCGAGAUGCUGCUGAAUCUCGCCAUCGCUGGCGGACUUGGAGGCCUGGAACAUCCAGCGCCACCUUCUGAUCCGAGCUUGGCAAGCAUUUGGCGGCUUCCUAUCCUCAUGUGUAUGAUGGAGUGGCCUGAAUUCAACUUCAUCGAGGUGGCGCAAGGUCUAUGGGGAGCGAAGAGCAGAAAGCCAACGGGUUUGCUCCUGCUCAAUCUGAGCCAGAUGGUGCCUGCUCUUCGCCGCUGGCAAGUAGCUACGGAGAUUCCACAGGGCACUAGCAUAGGACUUACGUCAACAGGCGAAUGGGCGACAAGCGCCCUGAAAGAGUACCCACCAGCUUUUUGCGCUGGGCUGGCUGCUGGGUUCAUUGACACCCUCCACUUACAUCCAGUGGAGAAGACCGUUGAGAUCGACCAAAAGUUCCGAAGGCAGGCUUUGGACAUGGUGAUUACACCGCAAGGCCAGUGUAUAGGCCCGGACUUUGCACAGUGA